GUCGGUCAGUCAGUCAGUCGCAAAUCGCGCCGGUGGAUGCGAGAAACAGCGUGGUGUUUUUUAACGCGGAUGCGCUCACCUUCUUCUUCUUCCUCUUCUUCUGUUCCUCCGGUUCACAUUUGUCGCUACCGUCAUCGUAGUCGUCGUCGUUGUCGUCGUCGUCGUCGCGGUGAUAAAACUCGCGAGAGAAUCUGUGCGUCGCAGCAGCAGCAGCAGCCACGAUGUCGAGUCAAGAACCGAUGGUCAUAGCCACAGACAGUAUCGACGGUAUUUGGCCCUUCUUGCAGAGCAUUGAUUGGAGGGAUCCGUGGCUAGCCGUGGUGCUGACUUUUCACAUUGUCGUCACAAUGACCGCGCUAAUGACACGAAAUCAUGCAAAUUUUCAGAUCAUUCUGUUUCUCGUGCUUUUGCUUCUGGUUUAUUUCUCAGAAACUAUAAACGAAGUUGCGGCGACAAAUUGGAUGGUAUUCUCAAGACAGCAGUACUUCGAUUCCAAAGGCUUGUUUAUAUCCGUUGUGUUUUCGGUACCUAUUUUAAUGAACUGCAUGAUCAUGGUGGCCAGUUGGCUUUAUCAGUCCAGUCAAUUAAUGACAAGUCUGAAACGGGCUCAGUUGCGACAGCAAGCAAGAAAUCGCAAGUCGGAAGUCGACGCAGCCAAUGGUGAAGUGGCUGCACGAGCAAAAACCGAGUAAAACAGAGAGUUUCUAGUCAUAACACGCGGAGAAAUACAAAGUGCAAGUACACACUUGACUGAAGGUGUGUGUGUGUGUGUGUGGAUGUGUGGGUGUGCGUGCGUGUGCGUGUGCGUGUGUUUGCGCGUGCGGAUUAUAUUUCAUCACUUGCGACUAAAGUAGGUCCCGGAAAACGCUACUGUGUAUAUACUUGCCCGUCGCCGAUUAAACAAUCGCUCCCGUUUUCUAAAUGCGUAUGAAUAAUUUGAUACGUAUAUACAUAUACAAAUAUAUAAAGAAGAAAAACGAAACUGUAUACUAUACAUAUAUAUAUAU